CACGGCGACGAGCACCGCAUCGUCUACAACUCGGCCGCGUGCGCGGUCGUGCAGAACAUCGAGACGGGCCACCAGCGCGUCUUCCGGGGCCACACGGACGACGUCACGUGCAUCGCCACGGACGCGAGCGGCACGCUCGGCGCCACGGGCCAGUGCGCGUCGACGGACGUGUCGCCCUACGUCUGCGUCUGGUCCGUCGCCGACGUCGCGGAAUUGCGCAAGUUCGGCGGCGACGGCUCCAUCGCGCGCAUGGUCUGCGCCGUGGGCUUCUUCGACGACUCGUCCCACAUCGUCGCCGUCGGCGGCGACGACCGCCACACGCUCCGCGUCUACGACCUC